GAACACACAGGUUACCACAGACGGCGGAGAAGAGAGUGGGAACUGGCAACAGCCAACAGUUUCCCAAUGGUUAGUUCGGUUAAGUGGUUUGGAAAGCUUGUGAACAGUUCGAAUUUGAUCAUCUAUGUAUCCGGAGAGACAGAUGCGAUUGCUUCGAUAUCUUCGCCUUCUGAGGCGGGAAGAAGGAUAAGAGAGAGAUGUCCGAUGUGGCUGUCGGAUUCUGUUCCAAAGCCCCAUCAAUCGCAUAACCCAUCUUCAAAUUCGCUUCACGCCUCUUGAAACCAAUUCCAUUUCUUUUCUUUCUGCAAGAGAGAGCUGAAGAGAAGAAGGGUUUGCAGGUUUCUGAGCACGAUAAGCUGUUUUAGAACUUCGUAUUGAAUUGGUCAGUCUCUUGUGGUGAGGCUUCUUUGAUCGUUGUAGGGAUCGGAAGGGAGUGAUUCUCAUACUGCCUCGUUUGGGAUUUCUCUGUCAACAGGAGAGAAACCAAAGACCAGUCCUCACCAAGGUGGAAGAAGAGAAGAGAAGAGGAGUAAGAGAGGAUAUGCUGAACCAUGCUAUAUUCAGUCUAUUAUAUCGUGGAACAGAGCUUAGACUGGGAUGACAGGGAUGAACUGUGAUGGAUCCCCUCAAGCUGACAAGAGGAAUUCCCCAGAGGCACCUUCAUUGCCUGAUUCAGUGAGUUCCAGUUAUCAGCGAAAGGCAUUGGUGGUAAAUAGAGUACCGUUAAGGGGAUACACCUGUGUUCUGCCUGCACCUCAGGAGUGUUGGAAACAUCCACUCUGUGAAGGUUAUAGAGCAGAUGUUUCUAUCCAUACUGAUAAUAGUGGUGUCAUUAAUGCACAUGCUAGCAUUCUUGGGAUGGCUUAUCCUGUGAUGAAGAGCAUGUUGAACCAUUUGGAAGGCCGUGGUUGUCAGAAAUCCAUCUUCAUCAAGGGUAUCCCUCAUCGGGCAGUCCAAGUCUUCAUUCGCUUCUUGUAUUCUUCCUGCUAUGAACAAAAAGAGAUGAACAAAUAUGGCUUGCAUUUGUUGGUGUUGUCACAUGCUUUUGUGGCUCCCCAGCUGAAGAAAGAGUGUGAGUGGCAACUAGAGCACAAUUUUCUCACAAAGGAGAACGUAGUUGACAUCUUCCAGCUUUCACUUCUCUGUGAUGCACCUCGACUUAGCCUCUUUUGUCGCCGUCUGAUCCUAAAGAGCUUCAAGGUUGUUUCUGCAACUGAAGGGUGGAGAGUGAUGAAGCAAAGCCACCCAAGGCUUGAAAAGGAACUGUUAGACUCGGUGGUCAAAGCUGAUUUGAAAAAACAAGAAAGGACAAGAAGACUUCCAGAGAGGAAGAUAUACUUGCAAUUAUAUGAGGCAAUGGAAGCCCUUGUUCAUAUUUGUAAAGAUGGAUGUCGAACUAUUGGUCCCCAUGACAAGGUUUUAAAAGGGGACCAGGGGCUUUGUAGUUUUGAAGCAUGCAGGGGGCUAGAGUUGCUCAUCCGUCACUUUGCAGGUUGCAAGACGCGGGUCCCUGGUGGUUGCAUUCAUUGCAAGAGAAUGUGGCAGGUCCUGAAGCUGCAUUCAAGUCUUUGUGCUAAGCCUGAUGUGUGUAGGGUUCCAUUGUGCAGGAAAUUUAAGGAGAGAUCUCAACAACAGACCAGGAAGGACAAUAUGAAGUGGAAAAUAUUGGCAAAAAAGAUUCUGAAUGAAAAGAGCAUUUCUGGAGCCCCUUUCUUUUCAUUGACAAAUGCUGUCAGUGCUUGAGGUGGGAGGUUGGUUCCUCCUUAUCCAAGCUCCUGAUGUAAACUUGGGUUCACUGCUUAUACUCUGAGAAUACAUUGUUGAGAAGAUCAAUGAUGUCUCUUUGUACCUCAAUUGGAAAGAAAUGAAGCAGUAGAGAUCCGAAAUUGACCCCUGCCCAAUGUGAAAUUUAAACGGCAGUUGAGAAAGCAGUGGGAUGAAAAGGCUGAUGAACUACAAAAGCCCAGAAAGUGAGGUGGGGCGUUUCAACUUUGAUUAUGGCCAUUUGGGUAUUGCGAUCAUCUGACAGUUCUCCUGAAGAUUGAAAUGAGAAUUCACCAUAUUCUCCAAUUCCUUUUUUGGAAGAAUCAGUUCACCAUUUGAUGGGUGCCAUCAAGAUCUCUUGGGCCCCAAAGUUGAGCAGAUAUAAAUGUUCCAUAAACCUAAUGAUGUGAUUGUUUUCCUUUAUAGAUGAGAAAUCCUUUAUGGUGAAUGUUCCAAAGGGAAAUAUGAAUCGAAAUGUUCCAUAAAUCUAAUGAUGAGAACUUUUGUCUUAA